GCCUGUGCAAUUAACAAACACAGUAGUAUCGGCACAAUGGAUGAUACUGAGAAAUAUCCCCCCAAUAUCCAAAAAUUGUUUGGUCCUAAACCACCUUUCUUGUACAUACCACCAACAGACUAUCCACCUGAACAAAGAAGCACCACCGCCAUAGCACCAAUACUGUCCAUAAAAGACCAUAUAUCAUCAUACAUCACCCAAUACAAGUCUGAACCAAAACCAACUACAUCGACAACCAUCCUGACCGUAGAAGCAUUUCGCCAGAAAAAACAACGACAUCAAGAAUCAUUUACUCGACAAUUGGCACAAUGGAAUGAUCCGGAAUUGUUUGCCAAAAACGAGCGAGAGUUUAUGAAGGAUCCUUAUCGAACAGUAUUCAUUGCAAGGUUGGACUAUUCAGUUACGGAAUUGGAUAUAUCCCUGGCAUUUCUGAAGUAUGGUGUCAUUGAGCUGAUUCGAAUAAUAAGAGAUAAAAAUGGGAAAUCGAGAGGAUAUGGCUUUAUAGUGUUUGAACGGACAAACGAUGCUAAGAAUUGUGUUAAUGAGUUAUGUCGAAGUGGGAUAUUGUUAAAGAAUAGACAUGCCUUGGUUGAUUUUGAACGAGGAAGAAUUAUCCGUAAUUGGAAACCAAGAAGAUUGGGAGGGGGGGAAGGUGGUAGAGGAUAUACUGCUGCCGGAAGAAAAGCAUCUGCUGCUGCUACUGCAAGAAGAGUUCAUAUUGCCAAUAAUCCAGGCUACACACCAAGUUAUAUUCCGCAAACUCAGUAUGGUAAUGGGUAUAGACCGCAACAGCAGCCACAAGAACUGCCCGUAUCAACUUCAAUUAAGGAUAAAUAUGCCAAAUAUACCAGUGCUACUACAACCACAACUAGUGCCAAUGGAGUUACUAACUACAAGUCUACCUCUGGAGACAGGUCUAUUCGAAGUAUAAGACAUCGUGAGUAGUUUGUGUAUAGAGUAAAAUUUUAGCCUCACGCU